ACAAACAGUAAACAUGUACAAGGCUGUGCUUCUCGUCUGCGCUCUGGCGCUCAUGAUCCAGUCUAUUACUGGAGCAUGCAUUGGAGCUGGAUUAGGUCUUGGACUCGCUGAACCUUUUGGUUACGCCGGCACUCUCGGUGCUCCUUGCGGAGCAUACGGUGCUUACGGUGCCUACGGCGCAUACGGACCUGGUGCCGUCGCUGCUUCCUCCGGAGGUGGUCUUGCAGUAACCAGCGCUUCCGCUUACCCAACUGGAGUAUCCGUUCUCUCAGAAAACGUCAUCGAAGGACCUCUCGCUGUAGCUGGUUCUCUGCCCUUCUUGGGUACUGUUGGUCUUGAAGGUGCUCUGCCAACCGCUGGUGUUGGUGCCGUCUCAUAUGGCUGUGGCAAUGGAGAAGUUGCUAUAUUGGCUGAAGAUGCUGCUCCUGGACUAGCUGGUCCAUUCGGUUAUGGUUACGGUGGCCUCGGCUACGAUGGUUAUGGCUACGGUGGCCUCGGCUACGAUGGUUUUGGCUACGGUGGACUCGGUUAUGGUGGUUACGGAUAUGGCGGCUUCGGCUACGGUGGACUCGGCUGCGAUGGUUUUGGCUACGGUGGACUCGGCUACGACGGUUUCGGCUACGGACCGUUCCGUGGUGCUUAUGGAUUCGGUGCUGUCAUCUAAAAACGGACACUUCCGAUUUUAAAUGA